ACCACUUGCACCAGAACCUUCUUUCCGAGCUUCCUCUUUCAUACCUUACUUGUUUGUCUUUGAAAAUCCAACUCAGUGAUUGUUUGAGUUCCAUCUGCAUUGAACAGUACCAAAGAAAUCAAAAUGGGUUCAUUCCAGACACCAAUUGGAAUGAGAAGUGCUUCAAUGGUGGAAACUUCAUGUGGGUUUCUGCUGCAAGAAUUGCAGAAAAUAUGGGAUGAAGUUGGAGAAGAUCAGUUUGAGAGAGGAAAGAUUCUGCUGGAUUUGGAGCAAGAGUGUCUCGAAGUUUAUAGAAGAAAAGUAGACAGGGCAAAUAUUUCCAGAGCUCGUCUCCAUCAGGAAUUAGUAGAAGCAGAGGCUGAAUUUACCCAUCUUCUUUUGACUCUUGGUGAACGAUCAUUUCCUGGAUGGCCAGAGAAAAGAGUAGGAACACUGAAGGAGCAAUUGAAAUCAAUCACGCCAGCACUUGAGGAGAUGUGCUUGAGGAAAGAAGAGAGGUUAAACCAGUUCCGAACUGUACAAGAACAAAUACAAAAAAUAAGAACUGAAUUUGCAGGUAACUCUGAAGUAGAAGCUUCCCCAAGCAUUGUUGUGAAUGAGAGUGAUCUUUCACUGAAAAAGCUUGAAGAGUAUCAAACUGAGCUGCAACGGCUCUACGAUGAGAAGAAUGAAAGACUACAGAAGAUGGAGAAAUAUAUAGAGGUAAUGCAUAACUUGUCCAGCAUCUUGGGGAAGGACCCCUCUGUAAUCAUCAGCAAAGUUCAUCCAAGCUUGAAUGAUUUGAAUGGAAUGUCCAAAAACACAAGUGACAGUAUCUUGACUAAACUCAAUAGCACAGUGGAGUCCCUCAUGGAAGAAAAGCGAGAUCGGCUUGACAAGCUUCACUAUCUUGGUAAAGCACUGACAGAUUUGUGGAAUCUCAUGGAUACGCCAAAUGAUGAUCGACUGUCUUUUUCCCAUAUAACUGGCUUGCUGUCAGUCUCAUCAUUGAAAGCAUUGGAUCCAGGAAUUCUUUCUCUAGAUAUCAUCCAGCAGGCUGAAGCUGAAGUCAAAAGACUGGAUCAGCUAAAAGCAAGCAAGAUGAAAGACAUAUUUUUGAAGAAACAAGAUGAACUUCAUCUGAUAUGUAAAAAAUCGCAUAUGGAGAUACCUACACAAUCAGAGAUGAAUCAUAUCUUCAACCUCAUAAACUCAGGGGAGAUUGAACAUUCCGAUCUCCUCAAGAGCAUGGAUGAACAGAUAUCAAGAGCAAAAGAAGAGGCUGCCAGCAGGAAGGCUAUAAUGGAGAAAGUGGAAAAGUGGAUUUUGGCAUGUGAUGAGGAGCGCUGGCUUGAAGAAUAUAACAGGGAUGAAAACCGAUACUCAGUCAGUAGAGGAGCUCACAAGAACUUGAGACGAGCUGAACGUGCCCGAAUAAUGGUCAGCAGGAUACCAGCUUUGGUAGAAAUGCUAAUGGCAAUGACCAAGAGUUGGGAAGAAGAGAGAAAUAAAGUUUUCUUAUAUGAUCAGGCACCUUUAUUGGCAAUACUGGAAGACUAUUACAUGGUAAGGCAGGAAAAGGAAGAAGAGAAGAAAAGACAACAGCAGGGAAAGAAGAAAGUUCAAAGCCGGUUAGUAGUUCAGCAAGAUAAUAUAUAUGCUUCCAGAACAGGCAUCGGCAGCAGGCGUCUUCCAAUCUAAAGCUUGAAUGGAGGUCUAGAAUAUACAGCACCCUUGAACAGAAGGCUUGCUCUGGGUAUCCAACAGCUGGAAUGAAAUCACAUAAAUUCAGAAAAUGAAGCCAUAUCCUUCUUCAUGGAAAGAAGGUACCAAAAAGCAGAUUUUUGGUUACCCAAACCAAGCCAUGCUUCUCAUAUUCAAAUCAGAGAUGAAAAGUCUUCAUUGUUGUCAAUCCAUCCUAGACCAUUAUCACCUUCAUUUUCUUAUUUUACAAGAAAAAUAGGUUAUGACUGAAAUUCGUUUGCCAUAAAACUAUUGUAGACCUAUAAAAGAAUAAAUUUGAAAUUUGUAGCGUAGAAGAAAUUUGAGUGUAUUCACGUUUUUGCACAUGCUGCCCACAAUAGAUAGACUUAAGUUG